AUGAUGGCGGUGAAUUUGACUCCGAGAUUUAGAAGACUGAACAGUCAAACAAGGAGUUUUAUUGAAAAUAGAAAUCCAAGAGGUAUUUCAGGACCAUUCAGGGCGACCCAGCUCUGGCGUAACAUUAUUGAGGCCUUACAAAUGCAGGUCGAGGUCAAGCAUCACCGACGUCACUUGCAAGUACACAAAGACUGCUUCACUGGCUCUGAUGCUGUUGACGUGGUGCUCAGCCACCUUAUGCAGAACAUCUAUUUCUUCGCUAGCGAAGUGUCUCGCCUCAAGGCUGCAAGACUUUGUCAGGCCCUCAUGGAUGCUCGAGUCUUUGAGCCUGUGGGAAUGAGGCUCUUUCGGUGGGAGAAAGAGCUUACUUUUGAAGACUCUGGCUGCAGCCUCUACCACUUCCUAGAUGGUGAUGUGCUUCCUGGAUCAGCCAGGCACUGCGGAGAGGUGGAGAACUUUACAGAUAUGAAUAAAAAUGGAAAGAAAAAGAAGUGGUGCAGGUUUGAUGAUGUGAGGACUAUUUCGAACCCCUUGGCACUUGGAUCUUCAGACAGAAGGGUGGAGAGAAUACUGCAGACCAUCAACCUCCAACCAUCCAUGCCAUCUGGUUUAAACUAUGCUGGCACAUCCAUGAAUUACCUCUCAAACAAAGUGGUUCAGGAAGUAUGGAAACAGCAAACACUUCUGCAGCUGUUGCAAUUAGUGGAGUUGCCCAUGCUGGACUGCUUUCUGAACACACCCACCAAACCUGAGUCCCUCCGCAUGCUUCCUAACCAUGACAGCCUGGUUAUCUCCAACACUUGCGUGGAUCGGGAAGAGUCUCGAGUCUUCAGCUUGCCAGAACUGGACUCUUGGCUGAUGGCAGCUGCAGACUGCCUGGAACUGUUCCCUGAUCAGUUGAUAGUGGCCACAGAAGAACAGCUGUUGCAGGACAAUGCCACUGCGGGCGAGGAGAAGCUGGUAGCCCAGAAGCGAGUGCUGUUUGACACCAUAGCUAAGUACUAUGGCUGUCAGGAGAGAGUGCCCCUUCUGGCUGGACGUUAUAGAGACAUCCAUUCAGGCAUCCUUAAGCUAUUAGAAUGUGGUAAGGGUGAGGACGCUCUGAGAGCAUCUCAGCUGUGUCUGCGUUUGUUGGAUGCGAGAUCCAGAGAUGAACUGCGCAGACUACUGGCCUUCAUGGCUGAAGCUGCAGAUACCAAGACCUUCAGACUACACAAGCAGACAGAGAACAGGGCUUUGGUUGCCAGGAUGUUUCUAAAGGCUGUACUUCAGAGCAAAGAUGUGACCCGUGCCCAAUGUGAGCAGCUAUUACUGUUUCUCAUGGACAAUCAUUUACAUCUGUUCAAGACACCAGUGUCCCUGAUCAAUGCAGUGAGAAAGACACUGUGGACUUUGCAACAAGGCGGGGAUGUGGAUCAUACAGCAGUGUUUGUCUUCUGUCAGCAGGUGUCUAUGCAGCAGUAUAAGGAGCAGCAAGAGAAGACCUCCUUGGAUAGCCUAAAGCAACUCAUUGAACACAUCACCCUCAGCAGCGACCUGUCCAACAGAAGGAGGCGAAAACUGCUUAAGGAGUUCCAGAAGCACCACCCAGCUGUCUUCCUCCAGCAUGUUUCCUCCAUCCUCUAGAGAGGAGCCCCAACGUGCUGUUUUUAUUCUUCCUUUGGUGCUUGUCAGAUAGUCACAAAAAGAUUGAAAAGUUUAGAGGAAUGCCUGAACCCUCAGCUGCUGUGGUUUCAUUUUCUAAGGGAGACAGGUGAAGAGUAGCCUCACGACACUAAAUUCAAAACCUAUAGUUUUUAGACAGCACUUUUACUAAAAAAUGCACUACUGAAGUGGUUUAGCUCAAAGGAAAUGGUGAUAUAGUAAUUCUGUUUCAAAGUGUUUUUUUAGAAGUUCACCAGCAAGGCUAAGAUAAUAUGCUGACUUUUUUCGCUGGAUAUGUCUUCUGUAAUUUUUUGGUAUACAGUAUGAUCUUUUUUAGCAUUUGUUCAGAUUAGAAUUGAAUGAAUGUGGGUAGAUACAGGGAUGUGCUUCCUUUCCCCCCCAUACAUUGAUUCGGUUCCAUUAAAUAGUAUUAGAUAUACUCAAUGUAGGAAGGUGAAUUUAGAACUUAAACUAAUUAACUGUUCUGCUCUUAGAGAAAAUGUUUCUAAAAUUAUUUUUGUAACGUAAAGGAUGUCAAUUGUGAAUUGUACAAAAGUUCACUACUGUUUUAAAAAAAUAAGUAAAUUAUUAAGUAAAUCGGUUCAUUAAAUAUACUGGAUGUAAUAAUUGUGAUAAUACAGAUUGCUGAAAUACUUGAGUGCUUACAGAGAAGUUCUGAAAUUGUGAAAGAAAAAAUAAACAAUUACACUCAUGGCACCAUAAUGAUAAUUGAAGGUUUCUCCAAUGUUCUAUAGAUAAGCACUUUAAGUUCUAAUAUAUAAAACUCUUUAAAAUGCAAGUAGUUUUCUUACAAUCUUUUUAUCUUUUUUUAAGUAUUUUGGAGAACUUGGAGCAGUCCUGUGUUUAUGCAUUAUUUUUGCUUAAUGUUGAAG